AUGGCAUUACCCACUGCAUUCCCCUCCGACUGGCACCCUUGUAAAGGAUGCAUCUGCAUGAACCACGCCAUCCCAUCCUACCAAUUUUCUGUCACGGACGCAGAUUGUCCCCUUGUUGAUCAUCCAGAUCUUGGGAAACUCGUACACUCCAACGAUGCACCCAACCCGUCUGAAGAGAAAACUCUUCGGAGGAUGGUAUCAGAUUCUAGAAAACGUAUCGAUGCCUUUGAUUCCCAGAUACUGGAGUUGAAGGCGUUGAGAGAGGAUCUCGUGCAGUCAAUCGCACGCGUCGACGAAAAUCUGGCUGCGCUGGAUAAAGAGUGGCGACGCCUCUCUGAUAGCGUUCCAGAACGACGCCUUCUUCUCAGCGCUUUGCGUCGUAUGCCCAAAGAAGUCCUUGCUCACAUUUUCCUUCACAUCCUUGUGUUUCCUUUUCCACGGGUGGAGCCCGAGUAUUACGUUAGCGACUGGUCAACGUUUUCUUCCAGAAGACAUCCACUCUUAUCGUUUGAACUGGUGUGUCGUAACUGGAAGGACGUCCUUGACACAUUCCCCAACUUGUGGUCUUAUGUCAAUAUCCUUAUUGAUCGAAUAGCUUCCAAUACUUACACCCGCUACAUUGGAAACCAGUUGUCUCGCUCUCGACAAUGCCCAUUAUCCAUCUCGAUAUGCCACAGUGAGAACACCUCGGUCACCAGGCUGGAUACCUUUCCUGUCGCUAUCUCAAUGGCCCUCUCCUCUGUCAGCCAUAGAGUACAAGCCCUCCAUCUUUGCCUCCCUGGCAGAUACCUUGUCUCUAUGCAGCAACUCCAUUUAUCUUUCCCCAAUCUACAAGAACUUGUUCUUCUCUCAUCGUCCGAAACUUCAGAGGUUGCUCAGCAUCUCCAUUUCGGUUCACUUCCGCAUUUGCGGGUCUUCCGUGCCACGGACGUCAGUAACAUUGAUAGACUAUCCCUCCCUUGGCACCAAAUCACUCAUUUUACAAAUGUGCACAUACGGGCAGGACACGGGCCAUCCGCCGUUCGUGCUCUGAAUGUCUUAAAAAGGAUGCCUCGUGUGUCCGUCUGUGAUUUAUCCCUUGACCUCAGGCUCCAAGCUUUGGAGGUUGCAGAGGGCAUGACUCUCAGCCAGCUACAUUCACUCAAACUUACAUCUGUGUACCGACAAUUCGGGUUGCCGCCUGUGAUCUCCUUUGUGCUCGAUUCUUUCAUACUUCCUGCCCUGUUGGACCUCUCGGUAACUUGCUUCGUCGGCUCCACCUUGCGGGACCAGAGCUACACAUUUACUUCUAUCCGCUACCUCAUCUUACGUUCUCAUAGUCCCCUUACAUCUCUCUAUUUCGACAACGGAGAGAUCAAAGAGGAUGAUCUUAUUCACAUUCUUUCGAGCACACCCACCCUCCAGGAUAUACGACUAAUGAAUUUGAAUGGAGUGAUAACAGACGAAGUCCUGAAUGAUCUCGCUCGUAGAGUCGACACAGAGUCAGACUCUCAGGUCCCGGCGCUCGUCCCUCACUUGCACACGCUGCAUCUUAGUGGCUACUUCUCCUUUCAGGUGAAACUCUAUGUACAGAUGGUCGAAUUCCGAUGGAUGUGUCGUCCGCGCCACCUCAAGUCGGUGAAUUUUUGCCGAUUUUUGAAUUUGUGGGACGUGAGUACAAACGGGGAGGAGCUUAGAAGGCUCGAUGUGCUACGUUCAGAGGGAUUGGAUAUAGUCAUGAGUGCCCAAAUAAUAUGA